GAUUCUUCCUCUACCACAGGUUUUCCACUUGUAUAGUUUAUGUUGGGAAGUUUCUAAGUCACGGGUUAUUUUGUGUCUUGAUGUGCUUCUGCUCCUUUCUAUAUCAAAUAGUAUUCCAAACACGUUUAAUAGAAGGAACUGAGAUAAGAAUACUAAUUUGUCCAAUACAAUGGCUGUUACUACUCAACUUAGAGUUUCAUAUCUCACAAACUCACUUCCUCGUUGCAAUUCUUGGACUUCUACUUAUCAAUCACGGAUCUUGUCGCUUAAAAAUUCAAAUUCAAGGAUUAUGCAUAGUAAAUUAUCGAUUAAGUCCAUUGCUUUUAACGAUAAGUUGCCAACUUUACAGAAAGAGGACAAGACCAGAAGUUUGGACCAAGUCAAAAGAAGAAGCCGGGAAGUAUUGUUAAACUCAAGUGAUCCUAUUGAAACGAUGAAGAUGAUUGAAUCAAUCCAAGGGCUAGGAAUUAGCCACCAUUUGGAAGAUGAGAUCAAUAUGCAACUUGAGAGGAUAUGUGAUUGGGAUGCUUCUACAAACCUCUUUGCAACAUCUCUACAGUUUCGUUUACUUAGGCACAAUGGUUGGCCUACAUGUUCUGGUAUAUUCAGAAACUUUAAAGUAUGGUUCAAGGAGUCACUGAACAAAGACAUUUGUGGUAUGUUGAGCCUAUAUGAGGCAUCAUAUUUAGGGACAGAAGAUGAAGAAAUAUUAAAGAAAGCAUUAGAAUUUUCAAGGACUCGUCUACAUGAGUUCAUCUCACACACGAGUCCUGAAAUAGGUUAUAGGCACAUUGUUAGAUCCUUAACACUUCCAAAGCAUCUAAGAAUGGCAAGGUUAGAAGCUAGAAACUACAUGGAUGAAUAUAGACAUGCAAGUAACCAAAUACCAGCUCUUUUGGAAUUGGCAAAGUUAGACAAUGACAUGAUUCAAUCACUACAUCAAACAGAGUUAGCAGAAAUAUGCAGGUGGUGGAAAGAGUUGGGACUUAUUGAAAAACUAAGUUUUGCGAGAGAUAGACCAACAGAGUGCUUCUUAUGGACAGUGGGAAUUUUUCCAGAACCAUGUUAUACAAAUUGUCGUAUCGAACUUACAAAAACCAUAUGCAUUUUGGAUGUCAUUGAUGACAUCUUUGACAAUUAUGGCACAUUAGAUCAACUUGUUCUUUUCACACAUGCAAUCAAAAGGUGGGACCUUGAUGCAAUGGAGCAACUUCCUGAGUAUAUGAAGAUAUGCUAUAUGGCAUUAUAUAACACCACAAAUGAAAUUUCAUAUAGUAUUCAAAAAGAGCAUGGGAUAACUGUUGUUUCUUACUUAAAAAGAACAUGGAUGGACAUGUUUGAUGCAUAUUUGGAAGAAGCGAAAUGGUUCAAUAGUGGACAUGUGCCAAGUUUUAGGACUUAUUUGGAUAAUGGAGCAAUUUCUGUUGGAUCAUGUAUGGCAUUGGUGCAUGCUACUUUCCUCAUUGGUGAUGGUUUAUCAAAGGAAACUAUUUCCAUGAUGAAACCAUAUCCUAGACUCUUCACUUGCUCCGGAGAAAUUCUUCGAUUAUGGGAUGACUUAGGAACUUCAACGGAGGAACAAGAGAGAGGGGAUAAUGCUAGCAGCAUACAAUGCUUCAUGGGAGAGAAUAAUAUUAGAGAUGAAAAUGAAGGAAGGAAACACAUAAGGUUGGUAAUAAGGAACUUGUGGCGAGAACUCAAUGGCCUUGCCAUGAACAAAACUGUGCCCUUAUCUGUUGUUAAAGCUUCUCUUAACAUGGCUAGAACUGCUCAAGUUAUUUAUCAACAUGGAGAUGAUAAAAGCACUUUUACUGUUGAUGAUUAUGUGCAAACAUUGAUCUUCUCAUCAUUACCUAGUAAUCAUUAAAGUGAAAAAAAUAUUAAUUAACUUAGUAUUAUGAAUGCUUCUCUUUCCUCUUUAUUAAAUUACCUUACACUCUUUUUAGGAAGUUUGAUACAAACAUUUGUAUUGAAGGUGGUUAUUUUAUGUUUAAAAAAAUUAAAAAUAGAUGAUGUUAAAGAUUCAAGUGUGAGAUAUUAAAAUUCCACAUCAAUUGGGUAUAUAAGGAAAAGGAUUCAUACCCUAUUAUCUUAACAUUUUUUAUGGAUAUUUAGUGUCAAACUCUCUUGGAUCUAUGAGUAUUUAGUCCAUUGGCAAUUUCGGCGUUUCAUUCCUCAGACUCACCAACAAGUGAUAUCAGAAUCAAGUUUAGUGGGGGAGUGGAAGUAGAUCCUAAUGUGAAUUAAAGCUAAUGAUGUGAGUGACUCAUAGUUGUGGGGAGAUCGUUGGAUUUCAAGUGUGAGUGGCUAAUUCUCACAUCGGCUAGAAAUGAUUUUUUUUGGAUAUAUAACAGAAAUGACUCAUUGUGAUGAUCACACCAAACAACAAUUGUGAAUAAAGAAUACAACCUUGUAUAGAUCUUUGAAUAAUAUUUGACUUGACUUGAAUUUCAAAGUUAAUCAAUUUGAUCU